UUUGUUUAGCUAUCCAUGGAACAUUAUUUUAUAUUUUUGCUUUUCUUGUGUACAGGGACUAGAAAGACCAUUGAUUCUGUAAUUUGGCAUGCUUGCGCCGGACCACUUGUUUCUUUACCUCGAGUUGGAAGUCUUGUUUACUACUUCCCUCAAGGACACAGUGAACAGGUCGCUGUAUCAACACAAAGGAUUUCCACGUCGCAUUUUACAAACUAUCUGGGUCUCUCCUCACAGCUAUCGUGUCAAGUUUGUGAUGUCACAUUACAUGCAGACAAAGAUACAGAUGAGGUAUAUGCACAAAUGACUCUUCAGCCAGUGAAAAGUGGGUGUAUGGUGACACUGCUUCCAUGUCAGGAAAUGGAUUUAUUUUCUGUGCCAGAUUUUGGACAAAAGCAAAGUAAGCAUCCAUCAGAGUUCUUCUGUAAGACUUUGACAGCAAGUGAUACAAGCACUCAUGGUGGUUUCUCAGUGCCUCGUAGGGCUGCCGAGAAACUAUUUCCUCCACUGGAUUUCACCAUGCAGCCACCAGCACAGGAGAUUGUGGCUAGAGAUUUACAUGAUAACUUGUGGACAUUCCGGCACAUUUACAGGGGACAGCCAAAACGUCACCUUCUAACUACUGGUUGGAGUUUGUUUGUUGGUGCAAAAAGGCUCAAGGCUGAUGUUUCUGUUUUGUUCAUCAGGGAUGAAAAAUCACAUCUUUGCUUGGGUGUUCGGCGUGAAAUGCGUCAACAAACAAUAUUGUCAUCUUCUGUUCUAUCUGUUGAUAGCAUGCACAUUGGAGUUCUUGCUGCUGCUUCCCAAGCUGCUACAUAUCAUAGCCCAUUCACUGUCUUCUAUAACCCCAGAGCAAGCCCUUCUGAGUUUGUUGUUCCAUUAGCCAAAGUGCACAAAGCUGUAUAUGGCAGACAUACUUCCAUUGGAAUGAGAUUUGGCAUGAUGUUUGAAACGGAGGAGUCAGGUAAACGCAGAUACAUGGGUACUAUAACUGGUAUUUGUGAUAUUGAUGCUAUUCAGUGGCCAAAUUCAAAGUGGCAUAACCUUCAGGUAGAAUGGGAUGAACCUGAGGCUGGUGACAGGCAAAAUAGGGUUAGUGUUUGGGAAAUUGAAAUUGCAGAUUGUCCCUUUCUCUUAUGUCCCCUGACCAUGUCAGGUCUUAAGCGACCAUAUCAAGCUGACUUGAUUUCUUCAGCAGAAGAAACAGAAGGGAGUAGCAUGGUGAAAAGAUCUUCGUCCUGGUUCCGAGAAACUGACAUUUCUGGUCUCCAGAACCCUGUAAAUCUCAACAUGAAUAUAGAACACCUCAUGAAGAUGCUUCGCAAACCACGAAGUGCACCAAUGGCACAAUUGGGGUCACAAGAACUUGGCAACAUUGAGGACUUGAUUUUGCACACUCCCUGCUUUCAAUCUAUCACUGGCUUCUUAAAAUCAUCAGGGCCCCAAUUUGGAUUAAAUAAGCCUGAUGCUUCCAUCUUAUCUUCAUUGAUCAGUUCAGAUACUUCUAUUCAUGUCCCUGAAAUAGGUAAUACUGUAGACAAGUUACAGUUCCCAUGUAACUCGAGUGCCGACUUUGUUGAUGCUACCCAAUAUAUCGAAUCUUUAAGUCAAGAGUUAUUUGGUCUUGCCGAUCUCCCUAAUGUGAAAAAUGCAUGCCAAACAGAGCAAAAUGCAUUGGAAAGUCAACAAAAUGAAUUAGAGAGUCAAUUAUCUAGAAGAGGUCUGAUUUCUCUGCUAGUUGGCACCACAAUCCCAAGCACUGUGAAUUCUUGUGGACUUGGGGAUUUUUCAGAGGAAAGCAAUGAGCAAAGUGAGACAUACAGUAAUAUUCAAUUUGAAGGUAGUAAUGGCAGCAUUUUGAUUGAUUCUUCUAUUUCAAGCUCGGGUUUAGAAGGCUUUGGCACCUUAAGGGCUCCUUCAGAAGGCUUAUUGGGUGGUAUAAGCUCAAGUUUAGAUCUUCAAUCUCAGGUCACUUCAACAAGUGGAGUAGACAAUCAGUCCUUAUCUAUACUAGGGAUGCCGGUCAAUUCAGGAGCGACAUCUUCAAGCAAUGUGGAAAUUAAUGAGAAUAGUUUCUUUCCAAGAAACUCGUGGCGACAGGUUACUCCUCAAAUGAGAACAUACACCAAGGUCCAAAAGUUGGGAUCUGUUGGAAGGUCUAUUGAUGUCACUCAGUUCAAAAACUAUGAGGAGUUGACAUUUGCAAUCGCGUGUAUGUUUGGACUCAAAGGAAAACUUGAAGACCCCAGGACUUCGAGCUGGAAGCUUGUGUAUGUGGAUUAUGAGAAUGAUGUUCUUCUAGUUGGAGAUGAUCCAUGGGAGGAGUUUGUUGCGUGUGUUAAAUGCAUCAGGAUUUUAUCCCCAUCAGAAGUCCAGCAGAUGAGCCAAGAGGGACUCCAACUCCUUAAUAAUUCUGCGAAGCUGGCUACUGGAUCAGGAGACCAUGUUUGGGAUCGCCCUUGAUUCUGGUUACCCUCUCACCCAUGUUUGCAAGAUUGUAUAAUUUGACUGUUUUGUCCUAGUGAGGAGCAAAUUCCAGUGGUCAUGGAGGAGGUUCUCUAGGGGUAGUUUGGUAUUUUUGUACCUCCGUGCUCAUGUGUAGAAGGGAUUCUCUUGUGGCAUCCAGGAGAAACUCUAACUUGGGUUUACUAAUAUAUGGUUUUAAUGCAAAAGGGAAUUUGGUGUGAUGCUUGUGAAGUGUGCAUUUGAUGCUGGUUAUGAGAAGAUUGAACAUAGGUGAUUCGUUUUCUGGACUUUGAUCUAGCUUUGGGCUUCGAUCGACUACUUUGGUUAGGAGGAUCUCCUGCUUGUCUCCUCAUUCAGCCAACUACUCAUGACUUGACUUAUUGUCACAUUCCCUUCUGGUGUUAUGUUGCUCAGGGUGAUCACCAAGAUCUCCGGUAGAGCCUGCAACUCAUCUUCUGGGGUCAUUUUCACCGUGGCGAGAUAGUAAAUGGUGUUUUGCAUCUCAUUCAAGUGCUUUAAAAUAAGACCUCAAUCCCUGAACUUUAGGUUCACUAACUUUUUGAUCAAUAACACCUUAUUGCUGAGAGGCUUCUCUUGUACAAGUCCUAUGGUUUGUCCAUAGAAACUUGGCAGUUGUCUCACUUGGUACAUUGUGGAAAAUGACAUCAUCCACCCAUUGUUAGAUUGUUACGAGUGCUUUUUAUUCCAAUUUUAUCCACUCUUCCACAUAUAUGCAUUCAUGUUUGUGUUUUGGCCUUUCAAUGGGCGUAUAUAGGUCCUUCAAACUAUAAGAUCUUCUAUCUUUUGUUUCAA